AUUUUUAAGAACAGAUGAAUGGUUCCAGCACUACAGUUCUUGCGGGUGACAUACAAAAAGAUAAAACAGUACUUCAAAUAUGCAUUAAUGUACUGUACUUAUAAACAGACAUUAUCUAACAUUUUACACCUAUUAUGCUAUAAUUAUAACAACUUAUAUACUGACUCAUUUAAAAUCAUUAUUUUAUAUGCCUUUCCGAAAAUAUUAUUUCUUAAAUUUAAAAUACGCGGUGUAUACAGAUGACAUAUGUCAUAUAUUUGUCAUUGCAUAACCAACAUAAUGAUCCAUGUUUCAUUACAAGAUCGUAAAUCCCUUGUAUAAUAAUUUGUGAACUUAAAUUAAAUAGCAGACUGAUUUGCCUUACUUAUACAAUAUUUUUUAAAUGUUUAUAUAAUUUAUUUUCACUCAUGUAUUGUAAUUCAUUUAAUUAUUAUUUUCCAGAACAACUGAAGUGUAUACCUGUUCGAGAAUUUUAUUUUUGCAAGUUGUAGAACUGUAAACCAAGCUACAAGAAGACAAGCCGGAAACUGAAUACCGCUACCGGUCGAAGUAAAGCGGGUUUAAGAACUCGAAAGAGCCUCCAUAUUGUUUUAAAUUGUAUAAUAAAUUUAAAUUACUUCUGGUAUUUCGUGAAAGAUUUACAGCCUCCUCGCGGGGUUUAAUUUUAUUGUAGUGCUAAAGAGGUAAGUUACAAAAUUUCCAAGGGAUUUAAAGAAUGACACAAAUAAAACUAUACCGGUUGAACUGAGUCAAAAUCAAUAGCAUUCUUGCUGUUUCCCCCUAGGUACCUCAUCAAGAUGUCUCGAUAUUCAGACUGUAAAGUAUAUGUUGGAGAUUUAGGAAAUAGUGCCUCGAAACAGGAAAUCGAAGAUGCUUUUAAAUAUUAUGGACCCCUACGAAACGUUUGGGUAGCUAGGAAUCCACCCGGCUUUGCUUUUGUAGAGUUCGAAGACGCCAGAGAUGCAGAAGAUGCUAUUCGAGGAUUAGAUGGUCAUAGAAUCGGCAGUCACAGAGUGCGAGUAGAAAAAUAUGGCCGGACGAUAUGCGGGCGAAGAGCUAGAGUUGAGAUGUCCAACGGGAAAAGCGGUAAUGGACGUUAUCGCGGUCCGCCUCCCCGAUCUCGUGGAAAACCAUUUCACCCGGAUGACAGGUGUUAUGAUUGCGGAGAUCGCGGACAUUACGCUAGAGACUGCAACAGAUACCGAUCGUCAAGGAGGCAUAGAUCCAGAUCUCGUUCUAGAAGCCGUUCCAGAGACCGACGUUCGAGAAGCAGGAGCAACACUCGUUCCAGGAGCCGCUCCAGGAACCGUUCCCGUUCCGAUUCGAGGAAGAGAAGCCGCAGUCGUUCGCGCAGCAACGAAAAGCACUCGAGAUCUAGAUCGCCUCGCUCUAGAUCUAGGUCUCAUAGUAGAUCUGUCAAAGAGAACGGCAACGCGAAAGAUUAGUUAGUGUAACAAAAGGGGGUUUUGAAUAUCCCCGAAAUUCUACUGAAUGUUUCUUAAUGUCGUAGACAUCCUCUGCAAGAUUUCAACGAGGACGGUGUUUGGAUUUAUUCCACUUCUGUUUUAUUAACAGAUAUGAUCGUUGUUAAUAUGCGUUUUGCGUACCUGUUGUUGGAUGUUAUAUGUAACAAAAAUCGUCCUCAGUGUUUCUAAAUUCUUGAAAGAC